AGGCCCCGCGGGCCGCUGGGAGGGGCGGCGGCGGCGGCGGCGGACCGGGCGAGCCGGCGGAGGGCGGGGGCCGGACGCUGCGGCUCCGGUGAGCACGCGGACCCUGCCGAUGUCAUGUGGCCUGUGUUUUGGACCGUGGUGCGUACUUAUGCUCCCUAUGUCACAUUUCCUGUGGCCUUCGUGGUCGGGGCUGUGGGCUACCACCUGGAAUGGUUCAUCCGGGGAAAAGAUCCCCAGCCUGUGGAGGAGGAGAAGAGCAUCUCAGAGCGUCGGGAAGAUCGAAAGUUGGAUGAGCUGCUAGGCAAGGACCACACCCAGGUGGUGAGCCUUAAGGACAAGCUGGAAUUUGCCCCUAAAGCUGUCCUGAACAGAAACCGCCCGGAGAAGAAUUAAUAGAGGACACAGGGCCGUAUGGGCCCUUCCAUAGGCUGUGACUGGUCCUGCCACCAUGCUGACCCAGCUCCAGAAUCCACAUCUGAUUUGCGUUGUUGCUUAUUCUGGCCCCUCGGGCACCGCCCAGCCACACACAUACUGGGUGCUCUCCUACCGUCAGGCACACGGACACACCAGAAGCUGAGGGGCCAGUGAAGAGGAAGGCCCUGGAGGGUUCCGGCCUGCAGGCUGCAGCUGCUGUUUGGUGGCCACAGCUGCCCCGGCUCCUGGGCGCACUUCUGGGAGUAGCGCUAUGAAAUGAACCUGGGCUGUCAGUCCCUUCGGGGAGGCAGUUUGACCUCAAACUGAAGUGCAUGGGAUUGGGGUGUUGCCUUAAGAGAGAUACCACAUGUCUCGUUCCCGUUUGCAUGGGAGGAAGUCAGACAUCUACCUGGUUCCUUCCCUCGUUUUGCCCAGUCCUUUGUGCUCACUCUUGCUGAAAUCCUGUCCCACCAGCUCAGGAAAGGGGGGGACUCGCUGGGGAAGGGCUGUUCUUGGCAGCCCAGGCUGUUCACUUGGGGUAGGUGAAUUUGCUUGAAUUAGCCACCAUCUUUCAUCCCCCAUCACUGUGUAGUGCAAAACUCGAUUAAAUGGCAUCUGAGAACCA